AUACAUCAGAUAACAUGGACGGAUUCUACGACCAGCAAGUCCCAUUUAUGGUCCCACCCAGUCACAAGUCUCAGGUGGAGGAAGCGUCUUACAACAGGCCUCUGAACGACAGGAAGAGGAAAUUUGUUGACACUGAACUCGCCCAAGACACGGAAGAACUCUUCCAAGACCUCAGUCAGCUCCAGGAGAUCUGGAUUGCAGAAGCCCAGGUGCCUGAUGAUGAACAGUUUGUUCCUGAUUUCCAGUCAGACAGCUUGAUGUUUCAUGGCCCGCCACCAGCCAAGAUCAAACGAGAGCUGAGCAGCUCCAAAGAGCUUUCUCCCUGUCGCCAGGACAGGAGUCCCAUGCCCUACGGAGAGAAGUGCCUUUACAGCUACAGUGCCUGCGACAGGAAGCCCACACCAGGGUUCAAGCCAUUAACCCCGCCCUCCACACCCGUCUCCCCCUGUGGCCCCGCCAGCACACCAGGAAGUCACCCACUGAGCGAGCACACUCCCCCUCCUCACCCCCAUGUAGCCAGCACCAACCCUGGGCCGCGUCCGGUGCACAUACAGCAGCCUCUCACAGCGAGUGCCGGCCACCACAACCAGCAAGCGCUCCCAGUCCACACCCACAGCCCGCCCUUUGCCGUGCCCUGUGCGCCCAUCAGCCAGGAUGCUAACAACUUCACACCUGAGCACAGAUUCCAGAGGCAGAUGUCAGAGCCAUGUCUACCUUUCCCGCCAUCAGACAGUCAAGGCCGCGCCCAGUUCCUGCCUCAGCCUCCAAGCAGCAGCAGCAACAACAACAACAGCAGCAUCAACAGGAACAUGCCACGUGACGGACGGCCACCGUACCACCGUCAGAUGUCAGAGCCGCUGGUGGCCGCGCCUCCGCAGGGAUUCAAGCAAGAGCUCAUCGACCCGCGCUACUCCGAGCAGGGCGUGCCCACCAUGGGCCCCCCAGUACCACCACCACCACCACCCCAGGCUUCUUUCCACCCCAUGGCCAUCAAGCAGGAGCCCCGUGACUUCUGCUUUGAUUCUGAAGUGCCAAACUGUCACUCAUCGUUUGGGAGGGCGGGGAGCUUCUACCAAAAUAACCACGACAACUUCUCCUUCGACAGAGACACUCAGUUAUACUUUGACGACACCUGCGUCGUCCCUGAAAGAUUAGAAGGUAAAGUCAAACAGGAACCCUCUGUGUACCGUGAAGGGCCUCCAUACCAGCGCCGCGGCUCCCUGCAGCUCUGGCAGUUCCUGGUCACUUUACUGGACGACCCGGCCAACGGUCACUUCAUCGCCUGGACCGGCCGCGGCAUGGAGUUCAAACUCAUCGAGCCCGAGGAGGUGGCUCGUCGCUGGGGCAUCCAGAAGAACAGGCCGGCGAUGAACUACGACAAGCUGAGCCGCUCGCUGCGCUACUACUACGAGAAGGGCAUCAUGCAGAAGGUAAAGGUGGCGGGAGAGCGGUACGUCUAUAAGUUCGUGUGCGACCCCGAGGCGCUCUUCUCCAUGGCGUUCCCCGACAACCAGAGGCCCAACCUGAAGGCCGACCCGGACAGUCUGCCAGGCCUGGAGGACGACACCGUGCCGCUCACGCACUACGAAGAGUCCGCGCCGUACCUGCUGGACGGCGGGGAGCAGUGCGCGGCGGGGCUGUCCUUCCCGGACGGCUACGGCUACUGACGAGCGAGCGUGGACGGAAUCCGCACGCAACGACACACGCGCAGAACACACACAUUUAUAUGCACACACUCACACACACGUCGUCUCCAAAAAGUCUCUUAAACUCCAGAGCUGGACGUGAAAGACGGACGUGGCGCUCUGAUCCUUUAGCGGUUCACUCUUCUGCUCCCUGCUCCACAGCCACGAACGAACGAGGGAAGAACCUGCGACGCCACCGGGGCGAACGAGAGAAAGAGCGAGAGCGAUGUGACCCCGCUGAGGUUGAACUGAACUCUGUAGCUCCGCCCACCCUACAGUAAAAGGAAAAAGGGGCUGCUGUUGCUCCGGAGACCCUGCAACGAAGCGAGGCGCCAUAGCCUGCCAAACUUUAAAAAUAAAAACUCUCAGACCCCGCCCACUUCCCCCUUUGGCCCCGCCCUUGCCCUUUGUGCCAGACUGCAAAAGUUGUUGAUUUGUCUUUUCUUUUGUGUGACAAUCUGCUUUUUAAAAAAAAAUCUAUUAUCUGACUUUAAAUACAUAAAAUCUAAAAAAAGAUUUUAAGAUGUUUAUUAAACUGCAGCUUUAAUGCUAUCGUUGCCUUUGUUUGGGCCCCUCCCACUCCUCCUCUUGCCCCGCCUCCUUUUAAUAUCCACGUCACUACAUCGGAAAACGUAGAAUUCCAUUAAAAAAGGGCUUUUAAUUUGCAAAAAAAGGACAAUAACUACACACUCACAGUACAACAUAUUCAAAACUGACAAACCUGCUCGUUUUCUGUAGAUAAAAACGUACGUUUUUCUUCUUCUUUGGUGUUUUUUAUUCGCAAAAGUGCGAUUUCCAGCUCUUUUUUUUCUGUGUCAAUGUUACGUUGUUUUUAUGUUUUUGGUUGUUUUUUUUUUUUGUUUUUUUUAACGGUUCUUCUUCUACUACUUUUACUUCCUGCUCCUUGUAUCUGCUGCCCCUUUUUUCAGUGACUGCAGCGCCCCCCGCAGUCUAUAUAGAGUACACUCCGGCUCCUCCACUGAGAAAGGGAUACGUAUUGUUUUUAUCUGAACGGAUAAAUCGGUUGUGUACUUUUGUCUGUCGUCGGCAGCGUGUUAGUCCCUCUGAUGCACCAGUAUGGCCGGAGCGUCGGGAAAGUUGCAUGCAAACAAACAAACAAACAAAUGAAUGAAUAAAUAAACUGAAACAAAGAGUGAGGUUUAGUUUUGUUUCUGUCUUUUGUUUUUUUCUCCUCUGCAUGGUUUAUAAUGGAUAACAUAUCGCUUUACUGUCUCUAAUGGACAAAGAAGAUAUUUGUGAUAUUCUCUGCAUCUUUAUUUUGUUUUUUUCGUGCGUGUUUAAAGUCUGUUAUGUGUUUCUGAACGGGGGCAAAGACUUAUAUAUAAAUAUAAAGUAUAUAUUUUUGCUAUAAGGCUGCGUUUUGUUUUGUUUUGGGUUUUUUUGGACGUAAACGCUGUAUAGUUCUGGCUUUAAUAGACAUGUACGUUUUUAAAAACGAAACCUCCCCCGCGAUGCAGCUACCGCAGACUGUUUUUUUUUUUUCCUAGGACAGCGACCUUGUGGUUGGAGAAUGUGUUGUUUUUUCUUUUCCCCCUCAUACGAUGUAAAAGGCCAGAGACGCAGUGAGUGCGUCACGGGGUCACGGGGUCGCUCUGCACUUGUAUAAGCUUCAGUCUCCUCCUCCUUGUUUCUUACACUGCUGAGUUUAUAAGAAUCUGUACUGGGUACAAUAAACGGUCUCUAUGCUUCA